AUGGCGGCGUCCCAACAAACGACAGGGGCCUUCAGCGCCGAAAAGCUAGACGCAGUGAGAAAGCGAUAUACAGAAGAGGCAAAUAAACGUCUCCAGGCCGAGCGACUUACGCAUUUUAUUCAAUUGACGCAGACGGACGAGAAACGUCUGCGGGAGCUUGUGGAAGAUCCGUGGGCCGAUCACGAUGCCUUGAACCGAAAGGAAUCACCAAUAAAGGAAAACGGUGUUUAUAAGCACUUUGUCCUUGGGGCUGGUUUCGGGGGCAUCCAGUAUGCUGUUCGCCUUAUAGAAGACGGGCUAGCCAGUGCUGAUGAGAUUCGACUCUUGGAUGCUGCCGGUGGAUUUGGCGGUACUUGGUACUGGAAUCGCUUCCCUGGCCUCCACUGUGAUGUGGAAAGUUAUGUUUAUUUGCCUUUGCUGGAGGAAACUGGCUAUAUUCCAAAGAAAAAGUAUGCUCCUGGUCACGAAAUUCGUGCGCAUGCAGAACACAUUGCUGCAAAGUGGAAUCUGGAGAAUAAGACGCUAUUCCGAACCGAUGUUGAAGAGAUAGUGUGGAACGAUCGGACCGAGUACUGGACUAUAAGAGUAAAACAGAACCGCGGUCCAUAUCAACCUACAGUGAAAAUCACUUUCAACGCUCACUAUGUUUAUCUUGCGGCUGGAGUCCUAACGAAACCUCAAAUUCCCGACAUCCCGGGGGUACUUUCUUUUUCCGGAUCGAUGUUCCACACUGCACGGUGGAACUAUAAAGCCACCGGGGGUUCCCAGGAAGACCAGAUACUGUCCAAACUAAACGGGAAGCGAGUCGCUGUUGUUGGUACUGCUGCAACAGCUAUCGGGGUAAUCCCUGAGGUCGCCAAGUACGCAGCUGAGCUGUAUGUGGUUCAACGCACACCAGCAUAUGUCAAACGUCGAGACCAGCGCCCGACUGAUCUGGGUGAAUUUGAGACUAAAGUGGCACGAAAAAUUGGAUGGCAGUAUGAGCGUCAAAUAAAUCUUAACAAAUAUCUCACGAACUCUGCGGCACCUGGAGAGGAGAAUUUGGUUGGGGACGGCUGGACUGAUAUGCCGGCGUAUUCAGCUGUCCUUGGAUCUCCUGGUCACGGACUUGAGGAUGCAUCACCGGAAGCCUUGGUUGCGCAUGUAGACAAAUUUCAUGCUUUGGAUCUGCCGCAUAUGGAGGCCGUUCGUGCCAGGGUUGCAGAUACUGUCAAGGAUUCAGAGACGGCUGAAAAGCUCAAACCUUGGUUCCCAUCAUGGUGCAAACGACCAACCUUCAGUGAUACCUAUCUCGAAACCUUCAAUCGACCAAAUGUUCAUUUGCUCGACACCGAUGGCAAAGGUCCUUCGAAGAUAACAAAAAGUGGUAUUGUUGUAGGUGAGCAGGAAUAUCCGGUCGACAUAAUUAUCUUCGGCACUGGGUAUCAACCACCCAGCUCUGGGCUUGGAAGUCCUGCAGCCCGAACCAAUGUCAAGAUUUAUGGUCGCUGUGGUGAAUCAUUGAAUGACAAGUGGCUGUCUAAUGGAGCUGCAACUUUCCACGGCUAUGCAACACAUGGAUUCCCCAAUCUAUUUUUCACAGGGAUGAAUCAGGCCACCAUAACGGGAAACAACGUUUUCAUGCUUGGGCUUAUUGCAGGCCAUGUGGCCUAUUCCAUUUCUCAGGCUGAGCAUCGAGUGGGACCAAACAAGCGAGCUAUUGUUGAGGCAACAAAGGAGGCGGAGGAAUAUCACACUUCAGAAGUCCUCCGACGAUCUGCAUUUUAUGCACCUUCGGUUGGAUGCACCCCUGGCUACUUCAAUGGCUAUGGUGAAGGGAGCAGAAUCACCAAUUCCGAGGAGAAAUUGAAGCGGGCGAGAGGAGUCCCAUGGUCCGAGGGUACCGUGUCCUUCCUCGAGUAUAUACAGAGCUGGCGUAAUGAAGGAUCCCUCAAGGGUCUUUCCAUUACUUCCGCUGCAGAUCCCAAGGCUAAGCUUUAG